AGCCGUUACCUGGGUAACAAGGGAGUCUUUGAAACAGAACCAGGCUCCUUAGAAGUCGUCAUGGAACAGAUGCUGCAGUGCCCCUAUGACAAAAACCACAAAAUCCGUGCUAGUCGCAUGCAGUACCAUCUGGCCAAAUGCAGAGAGAACAAUCCGGACAUGGCAAGAGGAAAGCUGCCAUGUCCUUUUAACGCAUGCCAUGUAACCUAUAGAGCAGAGAUGGAGCGGCAUAUGUGUGAGUGUCCGGACAGGAGCAGAGAUUUGGGGCACAAUGAGUCCUUCCUUACCAGCGAGGAGAACAAAGCGCUCAGCUCCUGGCAGGCCCCCCCUCCGAAAGAGAACUGGGAACCAGAUGAAGCUGAAGAAUCUACAGCAGCUCCUUUUGUGUUUGGUGCCUGGGCACCCAAGGCUCUGACCUGCCAGAGCGACGACAACCCAGAGAAGAAAAAGGACCCCCAGAAGGGCCGUCGAAACCGGCGCAAGAAAGGCAAGCAGGAGAAGAACUUGUGACUGCCCAACCAGCGAUUGGUUCUUCUGAGGAUAUGACCAGAAACCACCAACUGGGAACAAGCCAGAAGAGAAGGAAAUGUUUUAAACUCUCAAUUCUUUUCUUUCUUUUUUUUUUUCCUUUUUUCCCCCCAACAAGCCUUUUUUUAAAUCUACUUCUGAAGGAAUUUUUUGUAGCCUCCCAAUGGUUACAUUUUAGGUAUUGUUAACCAUUUUAAUUCUUGCCACUCUUGGCAUCUUAUGGCUUUUUUAAGUGUGGUUCUAAUAAUAAAGCUUGUUUUCCCCAUGACACACAAA